CUGUGUGUGGAAGAGAGGAAGCCCCGCCCACAGAUUUGCCGGUCCAGUCAUGGAGGGGGGCCUGGGGAUGGCGGUGAGCUUCGAGGACGUGGCGGUGGACUUCUCGGCAGAGGAGUGGCAGAGUCUGGAGGGGUGGCAGCGUCGGCUCUACAAGGAGGUGAUGACGGACAAUGUGGAGCUGGUGACCUCAGUGGGACUUCUCAUUCAGGGGCUCAGCGGGUCUAAAAUGAUUCCUGAAGAGACAACCCAACUGGUGAAACGAGAAGAGUCACCCAGGGAACUCCAUGGUGGGGUCUCGGAGUUGAAUGUCAUCAUGAAGGAGGAGAAGGGGGAUGGGGGCCCCCUGAUCCCCAUCCUUAUCCCUAUCUUCAUCUUCAUCCCCAUCCCCAUCCUCUUCCUCAUCCCCAUCCUCAUCCUCAUGCCCUUCCUCAUCCCCAUCCUCAUCCCCUUCCCCAUCCUCAUCCCCAUCCUCCCUACCAGUUACCAGCUUUGUACACCAAGGACACUGGUGGCUUAUUCAGUGGGAGGAGUAGUCAUGUGGCCACUCCCAUUGCACGUAUUCUCAGAGAGGGCGGGAUCUGGAGUAGACGGCUGGUGGUGGCGGAGUGCCCCCUGGUGUUGUGGGGGCGGAGACUCCAAGAAGAUGCUCAUCAGCUUUCACCAACAUCAUAGGUCAAUCAGAGUGGUGAAGGCGGAGCUUUGUGACAGGAGGAGGCGCUUUCAACGGUCCCGCCCACCGCCUGAGCCCACAGGUAACCGUGGGACCUGCAGAUCAUUGUCACCGCCCCCAACCGGCGGGAUAGAAAGUGCGUCCCAUGUCCUGGAGAAGGAUUGGGGGGUUCAGGGGGUGCAGAUCUAUCAGACAGGAAGUGAAGGUGUUUCUGGUGUCUCCAUGGUAACGGUUGUUUUGUCUGCGGCAGGCACCGAUAUCCGGAUCCGGUCCCCGUGUGAUUCCCGCCCCCUCCCGGGUGCUCGGAUUUCCGGCACGCAGCCUCGGGACUCGGCGGAUCGGCCGUACUCCUGCGACGACUGUCACCGCAGCUUCCUGCGCAAGUCUCACCUGACCAGCCACCAGCGCACCCACCGCGGGGAGCGCCCCUACGCCUGCGAGGUGUGCGGGAAGAGCUUCCACUACCGCCACCACCUGGUCGGCCACGAGCGCAUCCACACCGGGGAGAAGUUGUACUCCUGCGAAUAUUGCGGCAUCAAGUUCAACCACAAAGGGAACUACCAGACCCACAGCCGCCUUCACACGGGCGAGCGCCCCUUCUCCUGCGACCUGUGCGGGAAAAGCUUCAACCGCAAGGCCGAUCUGCUCACGCAUUGCCGCAUCCACACCGGGGAGCGGCCGUUCACCUGCGCGGACUGCGACAACAGCUUCAGCCGCAAAAAGCCGUUCUCCUGCGAUCAGUGCCGCCGCAGCUUCGUAGAGCACCCGCACCUGCGGGCCCAUCAGAAGACGCACCGCGCGGCGCCGGGGGAGCGGCCCUUCGCCUGCGCGGACUGCGGCAAGGGGUUCAGCAGCCGGCAGUACCUGAGCCGCCACGAGAAGAUCCACACCGGCGAGCGCCCCUUCCGCUGCGACGUGUGCGGCGACAGCUUCAUCCAGAAACCCAACCUGGAGCGCCACAAAGGCAUUCACAGCGGGCAGCGCCCCCACCCGUGUGCCGUGUGCGGCGGCAGCUUCUUCCGGAAACACAACCUGGUGCGGCACCAGCGCAUUCACACCGGCGAGCGCCUGCACUUCAGCUGUAAGGUGUCGCAGCCGGUGACGUCACCGCAGGGGGGGCAGGGCGGCUGUCAGAGCGCCGCGGCGCCACCGGGGAACCCGUGUAAGAACGUCUGCUGUAACCGCGCUCGGUUAGAGCAAUGA